AUGUCUACACUCAAGGUUGUCUGCCUCAUAUCCGGCGGCAAAGAUUCUCUCUUCUCCAUACUUCACUGCAUGAAGCAUGGCCACAGCAUUGUUGCCCUUGCCAAUCUCCAUCCGCCAGACCACGAACAAGCAGACGCUGUGGAGGACCUGGACAGCUACAUGUAUCAGACCGUGGGCCACUCAGUGAUACCUCUCUACAAGAAGGCGCUUGGUCUACCGCUCUACCGGCAGGCAAUCACUGGCUUGGCCAAGAAUCAAGACAAAUGCUAUGGACCGAGCAGUGACGAAGACGAAGCCGAGGCACUGUUGCCACUUCUUCGGAAGGUCAUGAGCCAUCAUCCGGAAGUGAAUGCCGUGAGUACCGGUGCAAUACUGUCGGACUAUCAAAGGACGCGGGUGGAGUCUGUGGCGAUCAGGCUGGGCUUGACACCAUUGUCGUAUCUCUGGCAGUGGCCGAACCUUCUGCCACAUUCGCAAGAUUCUCUCCUCAAAGACAUGGCCGAGGUUGGACAGGACUCUCGAAUCAUAAAGGUCGCGUCCGGUGGCUUGGAUGAGUCGAAUCUCUGGCAGAAUGUGGCCGACACCAGGACCAUUAGCCGUCUUAAUAAAGCGGUCCAGCGUUUCGGAAGUGCUGAUGAUGGUGCGGUGCUUGGAGAGGGUGGUGAGUACGAGACGCUUGCACUUUCAGGGCCUUUUCCACUCUGGAAAGGGCGCAUUAAGGUGGACGAUGCAGAUCUUCAGGUGGUGUCAGGCGAAGCAGGAAGUGCUUCAGUGCGUGUGGCCAAAGCUGAGGUACAAUCCGAGACCGGCGCGGGAGACAUCACCAACCUUCGCCAGCCGCCUCUGCUAGAGCCACAGUUUCACGCAAUAUGGCAAGAGCUGCGAGGAGACGACUUCCUGGCGAACACUCAGCACGAUAUCGAUGUACACGACCAUGGCAAUCCUUCUGCCAGUCCCGGCCUGAUCCUUUUGGCAGAUAUCGUGGGUGAUGGAGCCAACGCAGCCGGGCAAAUGGCCGCCAUCAUGGACCAAUCGACCGUCUUGUUAGAAGAAGCUGGACACAAGCUCGCUGAUGUUGCGUACACGAGCAUCGUCCUGAGGGACAUGGCAGACUUUGCAUCUGUCAAUGCCGUUUACGGCUCAUACUUCGUGCAUCCGAACCCUCCAGCACGAGCAACAAUAGCCUGUCCCGACGUUGUACCGGAUGGUAAGCGUGUGAUGGUCGCACUGACAAGCUUUCGCAACGACAAGGUCAACUCGAGGAAAGGCCUGCAUGUACAGUCACGCUCGUAUUGGGCGCCAGCGAACAUUGGGCCAUACUCUCAAGCAAUAUCAAUAUCCGAGGAAAACAAAUCUGCCGUGACUUAUGUUGCCGGACAGAUACCGCUGGUGCCUGCAACCAUGGAACCGGUGCAAGACCGUGACGAGGGCUCAUUCGGGAUACAGACGGUUCUUGCACUGCAGCACCUCGAUCGCAUUGGACGUGCUAUGCGGAUUCAGCGCUGGAACAGCGCCGUUGCAUUCAUAGCGACCCGUUCCAACGAACUCGCCGCAGCGUUAUCGAGACGUGCUCAUCAGGCCUGGCAGGCGUAUCACCAACCACCACCCCUUGACGACGGUGCUGUGUCCGAGCCUGAGGACGAGUCAUUUGAUGUUUGGCAUAGUACUUUUGGCGGGAAGAGAGAGCAACACUGGGGAAGCACUCCAGAUCACACUGAAACUCGAUCUCGCCGAGACACUGCGAGAGUACCGCCAUUGCACGUGGUCCGGGUCCAAGCAUUGCCUAGAGGGUGUAACAUCGAGUGGGUUGGUUUUGGUCUGACGAACGAUGGAGGCGAGCAUCAUGUACCGCAUGCCCAGCAUCUUCUUCGACUGUUUCAGCAGAACAUUAUCUGA